AGCAUUACGUAAGCACCGUGAGAUUUUCGCGGAGGCCUGUGAGAUUUUGGGAGCUGGCCAACACACCGCAGGAUACAGCAUGUGCUGCUAGCUGCUGCCUGUCUUCCUGCAGCGUGCACGGUGGACUCGGCCAGCGGAGGUGUUGGGUGUCCUCCGCCCCGGUCAGCCGGGGGGGAGGUAGGCCCCGGUGGCACAGACCGAGCGGCUGUAGCGGUAUGGUGAAGGACGCUUCCGCGGGGGAGGGGUGGGGGGGGGGGGGGCAGGAAUUUAUUUUGGGGUGAUCCUGUGACGAGGAGCGACCCACGUGCCUUCUGGGUCCGUGCCUGAAGAAACAAAUGGAGUCCAAGCAGAACGUGCCUCCGGUGCGGCGGCUGCGACGCACGCGGUGUGAGAGCACAGCGUCGGUGCCCCAGUUCACCAACUCCCCGACCAUGAUAGUGAUGGUGGGACUCCCGGCACGAGGGAAGACCUACAUCUCCAAAAAGCUCACCAGAUACCUGAACUGGAUCGGGGUUACAACCAGAGUGUUCAAUGUUGGACAGUACAGGAGAGACGCCACACGCUCCUACAACAACUUCGAGUUCUUCAGACCCGACAACACGGAGGCCAUGAAGAUACGCAAGGCCUGUGCCGUCGCUGCCCUGAAAGAUGUGUGUGAUUACUUCACCAUAGAGCAGGGUCAGAUCGUGGUUUUCGAUGCCACCAACACCACCCCGGAGCGGAGAGAGCUCAUCCUCAGCUUUGCCAAAGAAAACGGCUACAAGGUUUUCUUUGUGGAGUCCAUAUGUGAUGAUCCAGACAUCAUCGCAGAGAAUAUUAAACAAGUGAAGCUGAGCAGUCCGGACUACGCAGACUGUGACAAAGAGGAGGCUGUGGCUGACUUCCUCAAGAGGAUCGAUUGUUACAAGUUGACCUACGUCCCACUUGAUGACAACAAGGACAGGAACUUGUCUUACAUCAAGAUCUUCAACGUGGGCAGCAGAUACCUGGUGAACCGGGUCCAGGACCACAUUCAGAGCAGGAUCGUCUACUACCUCAUGAACAUCCACGUCACCCCGAGAUCCAUCUACCUGUGUCGCCACGGAGAGAGCGAACUCAACCUUGUGGGUCGUAUCGGGGGAGAUUCUGGGCUGUCACCUCGCGGCGCAAAGUUUGCCGGUGCUCUGGGUACGUAUAUGCGCGGGCAGUGUAUCAGUGACCUGAAGGUGUGGACGAGCCACAUGAAGAGGACCAUCCAGACGGCAGAGGGUCUGGGAGUCCAGUACGAGCAGUGGAAGGCCCUCAAUGAGAUAGAUGCUGGGGUUUGUGAGGAGAUGACGUAUGAGGAGAUUCAGGAGAAUUACCCAGAGGAGUUUGCACUGAGGGACCAAGACAAGUAUCGCUACCGCUACCCUAAAGGAGAGUCGUACGAAGACCUCGUCCAGCGUCUGGAGCCGGUCAUCAUGGAGCUGGAGAGGCAGGAGAACGUGUUGGUCAUCUGUCACCAGGCUGUGAUGAGAUGUCUGCUGGCCUACUUCCUGGACAAGAGCUCCGCUGAGCUUCCGUACCUGAAGUGUCCUCUGCACACGGUUCUGAAACUCACUCCAGUCGCCUACGGUUGUAAAGUGGAGUCUGUCUUCCUCAACAUUGAAGCUGUGAACACACACAGAGACAAGCCCGUGAACGUGGACGUGGACAGAGACCCAGCCCAGGCGUUGGAGACGGUCCCAGACCACAUCUAGAGGAGGGAACUAAACGCAGAGCUGGUUUCGUUUCCACCCGCCCUGAUGGAAAGUGGCCUUUAUUUUUUAAUUUAAAUAAUCACAGUGAUCGUCGUUGUGGUCUUCGUCGUGAAGUGGAAACUCCUCAAUCAUGAAAUGCACUUUAUGAUGCAUGGCUCAGGCCAAAUGUCAGUGAUAUGAACAGGAGCUCUCUGGCUAGCACCCAGUUAGCAAGUUGGCUUAGCUUAGCAUUAAGCUUUGAAAUGGGAAACACCUGGCCUGGCUCUGCUCAAAGGUAAUGAACUUUACCCAGCAGCACCUGUAAAGCUCAGUGAUUAACACGCUGUGUCUCGUUUGUUUAACAUGUCUGAAAAACAAACAUAACUGUCCAAUAGGGACACGUAUUUUAGAAAAAGUCUGUUCCUUAAACUUGAACUGGUCUGUAGGUUCGCGUCAUGGUCAUGUGACUGCCUCUGCACUGAAGCAUGAGAAUCCAAACAACGCCGGCGCUUGGCUUUUGGGUGGGUGUGGCUUCGGUGGUGGGCACGGUGCUGACUUUGGUCGAAUGGGGCUGUACAAACUACAACUCCCACAGUCCUUUGAGAGCAGAAGCAGAGGGGGGCAUUUGGCACUUUAACUGCCCGAUACCAUGAUGUGCCUCACAUAAGUAAAAUGCAACUCUAUGCACCCUGCACACACACACAGACAGACACACACUCGAGGUGCAGUGUGUGUCCUGUUGUGUGUUUUUAAUGGAUAUUGGUUAUUUUAAUAAGAAACAUGAGGGGAUCUGGUGCCACACUAAUAACUGUGGUGCAGCGUGUCAGUGUUUUGUAAAUCUGAAAAUAUUUCAGAGAUGGCUGAUUGUGAAACUCUGGGGAACCACACUGUGUUCAUGGCCUGAGGUCUGGCUCUCUUUGGGUUAACUGGCUCCACUGAGCCUGACGUCAGUGAUCCUGGAUAACUGGUGUCAUGAAGCUGCUUAUGAUCUGGGAAGAUUUAAGAAUAAUAAUAAUAAAUUACUAUACAUCUGUAAUCUUCACCCACUGGACUUUGGACUGAGUUUUCAUAGAGUUUCUUCUGGUAUUAUCAUGCAGAGCAAAUUAUUCUAAAUUCACUACUUUUGUCCAUUUGAGGAUCCCGUAGGAAUGACGACUGUGUUUUUCCAGGCAUCUGACUGCUAAGGAGUCGGGUCAGCAGUGCAGCACAGGUUAACAUGCUGAUCUAUCCCGUCUAAAAGUGAGUCAGCUUCAUGAUACUAGUUAAAACCUGAGUUAAGCCCAAAGAUACCUGGGUAACCCACUGACCUCGCUUUGUGAAACAGGCCCCUGCUGUCUGUCUGUGUCACCUGGGGGAAGCAAUAGAAAAUACAAUGUCCUCAGGGGAUCUUCAUUUGCAAAAGAAGGGAUGACAGUACAUGACUGUAAAUAAAUGAGUGUCUCAGUCAGAAAAGUAGAACAUAUCGAGUUGUCCCUUUAAAACGUUCAGUUGCAUGUCCAGUGUCAGAGCAGGAAAUCUGUGCUUUUUGUUUGGUCAGACUGUGUCUAAGGUCACCGCUUCAUCACGCUGCUGCUGUCUCGUCUGUGUAAACAUGCUGUGUGUGUGUGUGUGUGUGUGUGUGUCCUGAGCUCUGUAGUGUGUAGCAGCUGGAGUGUGAAAGUGGUACUUCAGCAGGACUGUCUCCUCGUCCCACAGCAGCCAGAGAAAUGAGUUAAAAGACCGUGUCAAUCAAUACAAAUCACUGAUGUCGAAUCUGUUAAAAAGACAAUUUAUUUUCUGAAUUUGAUAUAUUGAAAUAACUGUUACCAUAAAGGUCCAGGCAAUAAAAUGAAAAUGGAUACCUGA